AAGAGGGAGACAAGGAAAUGGAUCCGGAUUGUCGAGAACUGGUUUGGAGUGGGCUUCUAUCGUAGUGCUGUCAGUUGGUUGCGAAUGCAGACUUUUCUCUACCAGGCACGAGCAGUUACACGCCGCAUGGCAAUGGCGUACGACGUACCAUUAAAUUCUAUUCCAGACAUUUAUUUGUUCCCAUACCAAGAGCACGACGUUUGGUUAUUAAAGUGUCGAGUGUGGUUAUUACACAUCAAUCAUUUGUGUUAUACAAACAACUCGAUUAAUUAAAUGUGUGUAUUUGAGCGUUAAAGUUAUCUUCAUUUAUAUUGUUUUAACGAGAGACUAAAGAGGUGUAAUCUAAAGAGAAAAUCACAGGUUCAAACCAUUAUUUUGCAACACGUCAACGUUCAAUAUGGCGUCAACUGAUUUGUCAUCUGGAUCAAUUCCACCUUUCUACCGGGAAGUUCAUGAGAAAAUUUGUUCACCCACAAGCGGAAAUGUCGAGCGUGAAGUUUUUAAAUCACUGCUUGUCAAGUCUCAAUUAAACAGUGCAAUUUUGAGUCAAAUAUGGGAAUUAGUGGACAGUAAAACCGGAUAUCUAAGCAGAAGUGGGCUAUACAAAGGUCUUGCACUUGUUGCAUUUGCUCAACAGGGCAAACAACCAAGUGACAAACUAUUAGAAAAUGCAGAAUCUCAAGAAUUACCAGUACCAGUUCUUGGUGAUUUAUCAGAAGUAACACUUCUUGCUCAAAGAUUGUACAAAGGAAAUGGCCCAUCAAAGUUGAAUAUGACGUAUUCGGAAAUAUGUAAGUUAGAUACUAUAGAAGUAAAUUUAGUGCCUGAAAGAAAAGGAAUAUUUUUAAAACAUGUAGAAUAUCAAGUAACAAGUAAGGCUUUUAAUUCACUAGUUCAUAGGAGAUACAAUGAUUUUGUUGCCCUCCAUGAAUUACUUCUUCAAAGAUUUCCUUAUCGAUUAAUACCAAAACUACCACCUAAAAAAAUGGUUGGAGCUGAUUCACAAUUCCUAGAAGAGAGAAGACGUUCUUUGUUGCGGUUUCUUACUUUAAUAGCUCGUCAUCCGGUUGUGAGAAAUGACCCGAUUGUACACUUUUUUUUCACAUAUACUGGAGAAGAGACCCAGUAUAAAAUUCGUGAGGUAUUUAGACGUGUUCCAGAUGAAUUUGCAACGUCUGAAUUAUCGUCACGAGCAAAAGAACUUGUACCACCUGAAACAUUGACAGAGUUUGCUAAUAGUCGAGAUCAAAUUAGAAUGAUACUUUAUGGAAUAUCAAGGCUAAAAAAUAUUGCUGAUUGUUUAGCCUUACGAUCACAUUCUUAUGCUGCUGACAUGGCUGAAUUAGGAACACAAUUAAGUAAUUUAGCGUCUGAACCUCAUGGAAAUAAUGGUUGGGCUAGUGGGGGUUCUACCAUUUGGCAAGAUAUGAAGAAAGGUUUCAGAAUAAUUUCUAAGGAAUUCAACCUACUGUCAGCGCGAGCAUUACAACAAGCAGUCAGAGAAGAAACAAUGGUCUGUGAGAGGUUAAACUUUCUCCUUGAUGUAUUAGUAGCUCACAGAACUCUUUGUGAAAGACAUGAACGAGGAGUAAGCGCUGACCAUCAGCGAGCUCUGUCAACUAUGCUUGCUUUGAAAAAAAAACAGAUGCAAGGAGUUAUUCGUGGUACAGAUGCUGAUACAGUAGAGUAUCUGGAGAAUAAAAUGGUGGCUCAAGAGUCUGUGAUUGCAAAUGUAGAGCUGAGGAAUUUAUUUUCUUUGCAUUGUCUUCAUAUGGAAACACAACUUGUUCAUGCUCAUCUUGAAAUUCUUGCCACAGUUUUACAAAGCUUAGUUAAGGUUCAAAUUCGUGGUCAUUCUGAGUUAGCUGAAGUAUGGCAAAUGAUUGAACCAACAAUAAUGAAAUGUUUACCUGAAAAAUCAGUGAUAGAUACAAAUGGAACAACGAAUCGAGAAGAUAAAAUUGUUAUAUGAUAUAUUUUGAAUUAUAAAUACAGAUAUUUUAUUAGUUUUUUACAAGAUCUGCAUUUAUUUAAAAAAAAAAUGAAUAUUUUCAUACGUUUGUGAUAGUGCAAUAAUGAAAUUUUUACAAAUUUGAAAUUUUAUAGAAAAAAAUAAUUUUUCGACAUCAUUUGAAUUGAUGAUGAACAUCAGAAUUAGCUUUAUAAUAUUUAAAUCGUACUUAAUACUAUUUUAUUGAUAUUAUAUUUUUAAAGAAUGAAAUUUUACUGAAAUGUAUAUAUUUUUUCAAAGAUGUAUAUAACUGUUAAAUUUGUACACAUUUGAUUGUUAAUG